AUGGACAAGAAGACCGACGAAGUCGUCCUGUCGUUCCCGGCCUGCAAGGUGAUCUCGAACCCGCUCGCAGUGAACAAGCUGGUUGGGCACCUGGAAGUCUGCAAGGAUUGCUGCGAGUCGUUCGGGUCGACCGUGACGCUCCGAGUCAUCUCGCGGGGGGAGCAGGAGUCUCCCUACUUCCAGAUCAAAAGCAUCCAGGGAACCGCCAACAGCGACGGGUUCGAUGAGGAUGACGACGAUGACUGGGACAUCUUGAGCAAGUAUGCCGAUCUCCUCGAUGGGGAGGAAACGACUCCUGCAGAGAUCGAGCUGGAGAAGCUCACACAGGUGCCGGAGGACGACGCUGAGGUCCUCAAGAUCAUCCGUGACUGGGUCAACGUCAUCAUCAGCGACAUGGGCGUCUGCCCCUUCAGCCGGAGCGCGGACAAGGCAGGGCUGCCCCUCGGGCCCGUCCACUACUCCAUCUCGCGCCAGAGCCGACCGGAGGAGAUCUACUCCGAGUACUGGAAGGAAGUCAGCCUCCUCAUCCAGCGGGACGAGUCUGAUAUCAGCACCACCCUCCACAUCCUGCCCAACUUCUACAUCGGCAACUGCGAGGCCUUUACGAGCUUCACCGACACGCUCUCUCAGUCCCUCUCCGCUCUAGGCAUCGAAAAGUACAUCCAGCUCGUCUUCUUCCAUCCCCAGUGGGUGUUCAGAGAUGGGGCUGACAGGAUGGGAGAGUCUGGAGCCGCGAACUUUGCGAGGAGAUCGAGCUUCCCGAUGAUCAACAUCCUGCGGACCAACCAAGUUCGACUUGCCCAGAAGUCGAUCCCGACCGGGCUGGUUUACACACAGAACGAGGAGACGCUGAUGGAGGUGGGAGCUGAAAACCUGCAGAAGAUGCUGGUGGAGAGAGACUGGAGUUCGCUCAUGGUUCGCAAGGCACUCGAAGAACAGAUCAGAGAGCUGGAGGCCAAAGGGAAGACUCCUCCAUCUAACCGCGUAGAGUACGAGGCGAAGGAUCGCUCUUCAGACGACGGGAUGGCGUUUUGA